UCAAUACGACGAUAUGCUCUCUUUCGUCUACUAGUAAGUCAUUAAAUAAAUAAUAUUCAGUACCAAGUAUUAAAACUAGUCACAAGUGUUUUUAAAGAAUUUCAAACAAUGAACGGUGAUUAAGACGUGUAGUGUGAUUACAACAAAAAAAAUAUGUAUGUGUAUUUCGAAAUAUGCAGGAUUAUGGAAGUCUAAAUGGAAUUCGAACGAAUAGAGGGCACGUCCUGGCAUUGGCCCUUACUGCUCUCCGUCGUGUUUUUGAACAUAUGCCUGCCAAGUCUGGUGCUGUCGUAUGGAGUCUUUCUAGUUCACCUAGCGGAACUUGACGUUCCUCUGUGGCAAGGCUUCGGUGCAACGACAAUAUUUAUAGUCACCUAUGGGUUAUCACAAUGUUGGUGCAGAGAUGCCGCCGACUCUUGGGGAGGAACAAUAGGAUAUCGAGUAAUGGCGGCUAUAGGACUGUGGACAAUUGUAAUAGGACUUCUUGUUUGUGCAUUUGUGUCCUAUCAGAUACAGCCCAUUAUUUAUGGCAUUCUCGGAGGGUUAGGGUCAUCUCUUAUAUCAGCUCAAGUGGAUGCCGUUGUGUUUGAAACAUACGAUUCGCGUCUGGGAUUGAUACGAGGAACAUGCUUCGCAGGCCAAGCGGUUGGUCAAGCGCUCUUUCCUCAUUUAUUAACGGAGCUUAUUGAGACAUAUGGUUACUCAUUCUCAUUCAUUGUUUAUUCAGGAAUAUUAUUACAAGCAUUGCCGGCGAUUUUACUAUUAAGAGUUAACGAUAGUGUCAAAAAGCCCUUAUCGUUUUCACGAUAUUCCGAUUUGGCUAAAACAUAUGCAAUUUUUAGUAAUGAAGGCUUGGACAACAAUUAUUACACAGCAGAGGUGCAAUUACAUGACUUAAGUAAAAAAUGUUGGAAAAGUCCAUCAGAUGACAAUUUACAUCGGGAAGUUGAUUUGAAUAAUGAUGAAGUAGGCUUUGAAAAUGACAAUUCGACCAUAACCCCACCACCCAGCCCUGAAGAAAAGCGGAGAAACAUUUUUGGAGUCGAAAUAUUACCUGAAAUCCCAGAGGAAAGUGAGGAUGAAGACGAAGAAUUUUACGCAAGCGAUAAAGAUGUGAACAUGAACAAGAAAAGACUAAGUAACGCUAUCAAAAGACUGAGUACUUUAGGUGACAGCCUAGACGAUUACAUAAACAAACAGAUAAGAAGGGAUUCUCGUCAAAGUGAAAAUAGUGAUAUAAAUGAAUAUUCUGAGGUUGAAGUCACGUAUGAUAAUAUCUCACCGGUAACAGAUAUACAACGAGAAAAAAUAUUUAAUUCAUUUAGUUUUCGAUGUCAUUCUGCUUACGCCAGUAUGAGAAGAAGAAUGUGGAUGCCUUCUUAUAGAGUGUAUAGAAUUAAAAGAAGAUUGCUGUAUUUCAUGUACAAUUUGAACGAUACCUUCAUAAAGCCUUUAACGAGAUCAUUAUCUUGUUGGAAAUUUUAUCCAUCUUUAUUGCUUGCAUUUACGAAAUUAAGUUUAACCGGGAUAUCUUUUGUUUUACUUCCGAUAUUGGGAACACAGAUUCUACCACCGAUCUCAACAACGGAAAUAAAUUUCUUCAUGUCUCUGCACGGUUUUACUUGGGUGUGUUUUUUAUUAAGCACUCCAUGGUUGGCACAGACUCCGAAGAGAAAUUACAAAUAUGUUGCGGUCUUAGGUUUAGUGACAUCGACCGGUGCUUGUUUUCUUUUGGCGGAAGCUCACAAUCAUGACACUUUUUCGAUUGGAUGCGUCGUGGCAGGCUUCGGCUAUGGUGCAAUUACAUCAUGUUGUGAAACAGCUAUUCAAGAUUUUGUUGGAGCGCGAAAGUGGCCUAAAAUCCACAGUACUUUGGAAACGUUAUCAGCCGUAUUGUUUGGUGUAUUUUCUCUGGGUUCAUCUUUCUUGUUCAGUGAAGAGGGGGGACUUCAGUUUGCCUUGUUUAUAUUAGGAGUAUUGUUAUCAGUCGUUACAUUCGUUUGGUUAAUACUGGCUUUAGUUUCAAUUUACAUAACGAAGGUACGAUCAGCGAGACUCGGAAGACGUUGGCUAUCGUAACUAUGUUCUAACUUCCAUAAGUUAUUUAAAACAUCGAACAGAGAAUAUUUUGAUAAUUAUAAUUGCUAAUUAACAUAUUUUGUAUUGUAUUGUUGUAAAUAAUAAAUCAUUAUACUUAAUAUAUUGUUAAAUGGUAAAAAAUAUUGUUUUUGCAAGGAGUUUUACCACAAACUUACAUUUUCAAUGAAAUAUAUGUACGUCUAUGGUUUUGAUAAACAUUGCACGUAGUAAGUGGUUAUUAAUUGAAAUAAAUUAUUUAUUUAGAGAGGUACUUGAUUAGCGUACUUGUUUACGUUUAUUUGUAUAUAGUCAUCUAUGUAACUGAUUGUACUUCUAAUUGCAGAUCAUACGAUGUUGAUGUUUUCAUACUAUCUCGAAAGUCCUUGUGCCAUAUGAUAUUUUUAUGAAAUAUCGUAUAGCUAUUAUAUUUGAUGAUACUCAUUCUACUUGUUUUUAUUAAAUAAAUUACAAAAGAUAU